GUGCAGGUCUGUUGGUUAAAGUUGGUUCUUUAUUCUAUGGCAAUGCCUCCUUUACUAUGGUUCCAGUAGGUCGUGGUCGUGGUUGGGUCUUCCUCGAUGCGGGGGUGUCGGGCAGAUAAGGGUGUCCGAGACGUGGCAACACGAAUACGAGCGGCGCCGGUGACUGAUAACACCUUGAUAACGCAACGCCUUGGCGUGGGAAUGACCGCGACAGCGCUAUGUGCUAUCGCCCUGCCGACACAGUCGUAACUGCCGUUCAACCACAGAACUGUUCUGCACACAGCCGACCUUGAAGGGAUGCGGAAACGGGUAGUGACCGAGUGUGUGUACAGUACGUGCCUCGGUCGGUUCAUGUCUGCCCAUUAGUCAUGAUUAGUUUUGUUUCCUGUGCGUCUCCUCCUCUAGCCUAGCCGCAAAAGCGCCGGCACGAAAUACGGAUGCGAUUUUGCACCUUAGCAACCUGCGCUCACUAAGUUUCUUGCCACUGCACAAUGUGCGACACCGACGUUCUCGAAUGUGUUGAAGACAAUGAAUUGUCCACGCCGGAAAUUAAGGUGCUCCGCUGCAACUUGAAUAAUGCAACAGAAGCAGAACAGUGGAUGCGCAGCUACAGCGCUGAAACCAACACAUCGUGGAUUGUGGACUACGUUGUCACAAAAUGCGCAAGAAUGGUCUUUCGCAAGGUGUGGCGGUGUCAACACCACCACCGAAACAAAAUGACCGCACGGCGCACCACUGACUGCCCAGCAAAGAUAGACAUAAAAAUUAAAAAAGUGAACCCCAACACCCAAAAAAAUGAUGAGUAUUUGCGCAGAAGCACUCCCCUCCCAGCUGUGAUCAAAUUGGCCGCAGCACAUAAUCACAGCACAGUGUGUGCUGAUUCGCUAAAGCUGCUGCGUGCCAGCCCAGAAACAAGGGCCACAUUCGAAGCGUAUUUCGAGGCUGGUUUCACGCCUGCAGCUGCCAUUCGGCACCACGAGGAGGCACUGGCACUGGAAGACAACAGCCACAUUUUGCUUGCCAACAGCAUGCUGAAUCCACAACAAAGGACUGUUUAUUACUGGCACCAAGAAUGGAGGCUAGCAAAGCAUGGUCCUCUAUCAAAUCCUCUGCCGAAACUCCAAGAAAAGUUGGCAGACUAUGCAGCACAAGGCAGGCCAUCAAAGCUGUGGGAGGAGACGAAUCCCGAUUGGGCACCGUCGCUUCUGCUUGGAUACAGCUCGCGUCAUGCAGACCCUGCGUGCUACGACCGCGCGAAAAGACGGCGCUUGCAGGAAGAUGAAGCUGAUGCGGCGUCAGCGGCAGUGUCGGCGGCAAUCGCAGAGUCGACCGGCACCGAUACCGACGACACAGUGGAAGGCCAGCCACCACCGGGAGACGAAGACGAAAGCGGUACCGAAGAAAAUGCGCCUGGAGUCGCUGCGCAGACGGAGCUAACCUCGGUGGGCCUCCAAGCUUUGGAAACGCAGUGUCUCGCGCUCAACGAUGCCCUUUACACUGCUCGCAGUGAAAACGAGCAGCUGCAGCUGUCAAAAGCAGCAUUUCAAGGGUGUGAGGCAAAAGUAAUUUUUUACACAGGAAUGCCAAACUUCACACAGUUAAACAGCUUGUUUGAAGUUCUUGAAUCCCAUGUGUCACACAAUGUAAAUAAUUCAUUGUCAAAGUUUCAAGAGUUCAUUUUGUUUUUGAUGAAGUUGAAGCUGAAUCUGCACAACGUUGACUUGGGCUUCAGAUUUGGGGUGUCUGAAGCUACAGUGUGUAGAAUAUUUGAUAAGUGGCUGCACUGUGCAUACUGUCGACUUAAGACCCAAAUUGUGUGGCCAGAUCGAACAGCACUGCGUCGUACAAUGCCACAAGCGUUUUGCGAUGCAUUUGGUGAUGGUGUGUCAGUCAUCAUCGAUUGUUUUGAACUAAAGAUAGAGCGGCCAUCGUCAUUCCUGCCAAGAAGUGAAACUUGGUCCCUGUAUAAAGGUAGCAAUACGGCCAAGUUCUUAAUCGGCAUUGCUCCUACAGGUGUUGUCACCUUUAUAUCUGAGGGCUGGGGAGGGAGGACCACUGACAGACACAUCACUGAGCACUGCGGUCUGUUGGACUACUUGCUGCCUGGUGAUGUGGUGCUUGCUGAUCGAGGAUUUAACAUAUCAGAAAGUGUUGGAUUUUACUGUGCACGGCUCCACAUUCCAGCUUUUACCAGAGGUAAAAAACAGCUUUCAGCUGAAGAGGUAGAAAGCACAAGAAAGUUAGCCAAUGUGCGCAUCCAUGUUGAGAGGGUUAUUGGCCUAAUCAGAAAUAAAUUUGUCAUUCUGAAGUCUACAUUGCCCAUUGACUAUGUUACCUGCCAACCUGGAGAUGAAUUAGCACCAAUAGAUAAAAUUGUCACGGUGUGCUGCGCCCUUUCGAAUCUUUGUCCUUCUAUUGUUGCAGAAUUAAAGGACACUAAUGAGAGUCCUUAAAGGUUUUUAUCACAGUGCAUGCUAUCAGAGCCGUAGUGUUUCAUAUUGUACACUAGCGACCAGACUGGCACUGCUGCCGCUGAGAAAUGAGCAAUGGCAGCUGAACCACCAUGAGAAUCAUGGGUAGCAGAUAAGCUUGCUGUUCUUCUGGCUGUAAAUUUUGCUGCAGCUUUGUAAAUUGGUUCUUGGAAAGCAAAUAUGUGUUUGUAUUCGUUACAGUAAGCAAGAACAUGUCAACAACAAAUCAAAGCAUCAUACCAAAAGGAAAAAUGAAAGCAAAAAAAAUUAGAAACAUGCCUUGCAGGUCAAGAGUUGUUGUCAGUACAUUUUUUGGGAGUAUUUUUUGGGAACAUUUGGCACUUCUGUGUUGACUCACCUUGUGUGAAGGCUGCUUCAUUCCUUUUUGUUUUGUAAUUUUUGUCAUGCACUGUGCCACAGCUCCAUAUAGCUGCUGGUCUUCCGUAGCCUUCUAUGCAAUGACAUCUGUUUCUUGCUUAUGCUAUAAGUUGCAGCAGAACAAGUACAACAAAUAGCAUUGCUUGCAUACCUUUUCCUGUGUAAUAAACUGGGAAACUCUCCAUUUUAUUUUGGUUUUACUGUUGCUGCUUAUAACUGACUUAUGCUAUGACUUAAUAGUAUAUCACACCAGGCAAAUAUCCAAGAACAUUGUCUCACAUCCCACAGGGCUCCAUUUUGGUUCCGCUAUUAUUUUAAGUUUAUAUUAAUGAUAUAGUAUGCCAACUCAUUUUUUGUUCGAACAAUUAAACAGUGAAAUAGGCUGACUAAGAGCAAGUGUAGUGUGUGAAUGAAGAUGUAUUUUAUUCCAUGUUGCAACCCCCCUGCUGUAACGCCUUUGGGCGCUGCGGGGUAAUUGAUGAAUAAAGAAUAAAGAAAUUGUGCUUUGU